UAGCCAGUUGUUCUCUCCUCAGAUCUGUCUCUCUCUCUCUUCCCUCCUUUUCGAGAUCUCUCUCUCUCUUUCAGUUAUCGUCCUAAAAAAGACACCAAAAAAAAAAAAAAUCCUCUAUCUCUGUAAACCCUAAACCCUUUGAUCUCUCUAUCUUCGAUCCAUCUGAGAAACCCGAAACCCUUGAAAUCGACUCCGAAGAUGAAGACCAAGUGCAAACAAACCCUAAGACGAAGCAGAUGAAGCCGAAACCCCUGGACCCCACACACAAACCCUAAGACGAAGCAACCAGAUGAACAAGACGAAAGCUUGAGAUUGCGGAAAUCCAUCACGCAUCUUGAAAUCCAGGCACUCCCCAUGGGUACUGAUUUGGACCCUUUGGAUGAAAUUUUUCCCGAGCGCAUUGCAAAUAAGGCUAGGGCUGGUGGCAAAUUUCAACCUAAGGCCAAAGCAUCAUCAAGAAAGGAACCAUCUGCACCAAUCCCUUCCACACAGUCUGUUCAGGUUGUUGAUAUUGCGGAGAAUGAAUUGACUGCUCUGGUUGGUCCAUCUUUAGUUAGUUCUGAGACUGUCAAUACCAAAAAGCCAUUGGAAAACAGUGAAGAUUCUGUUUCUGGAGUUCAUUCCUCUGAUAAAUCUGUGUCAGUGAGCCCCUCAUUAGAACAUUUUGUGAUUGAAGAGACUUUGGGCCACAAUGUCGGUUUGCAUUCUGACAUUACCAUACCUGACAUUAAUGGAGAUUGGAAUUCUACCACUGGAAAAUCAGCAGGGGAGAGUGCAGAUAUCUUUUUCGGAUUGGAAUCUUUUGAUGAUGUUAAUUCUCAACCUACAACUGCAACGGUGAGUGCUGCAAGUAGGCCUUCAGAUAACGUAGACCCGAGCAUCCAACUGCGGAAUGAGUUUAUAAUUGCAUGUCCUGGUAAUAAUGAUUCAGAAGGGUCUCUUGCAUCUCCAGAGAUACCCACUGUUCAUGUUUCUGACACUAGAAGUGCCGAAAAGGGAGCUCUUAUUUUGGAUAAUAGAAGGUUGGAAAUAGAGGAAGCAGAGGCUGUUCCUUGCUUGGAAACUUUGGAUAAUCUGUACAAGUUAACCCCACGGCCUGAGCAGCGGAGUUGCAAAUUCCAACCAAAGCCCAAGAUUAAAAUUGGUAGAGAGAAACCUGGCACUGGCAUCUCUCAUGCAAAUGGGGUUGAGUCCGUUCCCUGUUUUCAGGAUGCUCUGUCCAUUCCUUCUAAUGGUGAAUACAUACUCCGACCGAAUGAUAUUCUUGAUUUCUCAUCAUCGAGGUUUGGUGAUUCUAUAUCUGAACUCCCAGUGAAUGAAGAACCAACAAAUCAUGCGAAGACUUCUCACCCGGAUAAGUUCAUCCCUGGAAAGCACCCAGAGGUUGUUCCUAGAAGUCUAGAAAAGGUUUCUCAGAAUCGUAGGAAAAAAAAAACUCCUACAGUGUUAGAUGAUUCUCUCGAGCACCAUAACUCUUCCAUAUCUGGUCAGGAGAAUGAAGCUGGUAGAUCUAUGCGGCAGCUGAGAAAGCGAACAAAUGCAUGUCGACUUGUUGAUGAGUCUGAGGAUGAAGCUAGUGAUGAUGAAAACUACACCAAUGAAUGUUCUAGUGAUUCUCUUAUAGAUGAAAAUGACAAUGAUGAUGGUAUAAAUCAAGAUGCUAAAAAAACGCGAAAUACAAGAGUGCCAAGAAAGUCCAAUAAAUCUGCAUCUCAGAAAGAAAAACCUGUACGGAAGCAUAAGAAGGUGAAGGAAGUACCAGACCAGACAACUAGAGAGCCUCCCAAAAAGUUUUCUCACUCUACUCGGCGAAAGAGAAGACAAGUGGACAAGGUUUUGCUUGAAAUUCCAGAGGAAGAGAUUGACUUCCAAAGUUUGAGUAUUAGAGAGAUAAUUUUGCUUGCAGAGUACCGGGAGCGGAUGUCGAGCAAAGAGGGAAAAACAUCAGAACCUCCUUCAACCAAUCAAAGGUAUGGAAGUUCUCCAAACAGUUUUGGUAAUCCUUUCACCAACUAUAAUGAAGAUGAGAACUUUGAGUCUGAACAAGGAGGAGGCUCCAGUAAUGAUCCAGCAAAUCCUGUAGUUCAAGAGAGUUCUAAUUACCCUAAUUAUCAGUCGUACAUGAAGAAAACACCAAGGUCAAGAUGGUCAAAACAAGACACAGAAUUGUUCUAUGAGGCUGUGCGGCAGUUUGGUACAGAUAUAUCAAUGAUUCAACAACUUUUUCCUGGUCGUACACGUAACCAAGUUAAGUUGAAAUAUAAGAAAGAAGAGUGUCAGCAACCCUUGAGGCUUCAAGAAGCUUUAACUAAUCGUGCCGAAGAUCAUUCCCAUUAUCAACUGGUGAUUGAGCGCUUACAACAACUUGCUGCUGAGGAAAAACAAAACUCCUAUGGAGAUGAUUCAAUUGGCUUGACAGGCAACGAGGAGGAGGCGAAUCCCGAAAUCAACGGUGCACAGGAGGAGGAAGUAGCAAAACCUGAGCAGGGAGAGGAAGGAGAAGUACAAUCUAUGGAGCCUGAAGUUUCUCAAGUUCAGAGUCCUGUGAAUUCUUAUGAUAGUGAGGAUGAGUUGUGUAGAUGGAGUCAAUAUAAAAGUGAAUUUUAAUGUUCGAAGACAAUGAUAUGAACUAGACAUAUAUUACUUUUGACACAGCGGAAUGGAUUUUGAAGAACAAUGCCCUAUGGUACAAAAAUCUUAGGAAACUUAUGAAUUUCGAAUAUGAACAUUUACAUAUUAAUGUUACAAUUCCGCUACAUCCACACAAAUUCAUUCCCACCGAGAUCUCCCCCACCCCACCCCCCGCGCACGCGACUGACGCGGCUUUGUUUGGCAGGAACUAAAUCCUAGUUGACCUUUGUUUAGCAUUUGUUUCCCGCUCUAACCUAAACCCACCCUCUCCAUUCUUUCCAAAACUUCUGUCUCAAAUGGCUCUCUACUUUCUUCAAACAAACCACCGACCAGCACCGACCACCUCUCCUCUCGCUCUUCUGUUUCAUCUCUCCUCUUGCCCUCUCCGGCAUUUCUCCCUCUGUAGCGGUGACUCUCCGGCACGACUCUCAGGUAAGCUCUGAUAUGAACUCACUCACCCCUUGCUCAUAAACCCAUCUGAGAUUUCUUGCUUAACUUGUAGAAAGUGGGUUGCUCUUCAAUUUCCAUUGUUGCUAUCCAUUCUUGAUUUAGUUGCUUUAUUUGUAAUUAAACCCAUCGGAGAUUUCUAUGGCUGCUUGAUUUGUAAUUAGAGUUACUUUGCUCUGAAAUACCUAGAUGCUUGAUUUGUACGAGCAGCCUAUGUAUUUUCUGUAACAAAGAAUUGGAAACAGUUACAAAUCUGUUGUACACUUCA